AUGCCGACGUCGGCAGCGCUGCUGUGUAUAAAGCAACCGCCGCCACACACCUCCUCACUGUCAGCUCUCAGCCCUCAGUCGACAAGCACAAUGUCUCGCGUUCUCUCACUGGUGUGCCUUCUGGCAGUGGCCUGCCUGGCCCUGCUGUGUGGCUGUGAGGCCUCCUACCCCCUGGCCGUCUCACACGGACACGGGUACUACCCGUACAGCUACAAGUACCCUGGGUACGGAUACCACGGCUACUCGUCCCACUACGGCUACCCUGGCUGGGGCUACAAGGGUUGGGGACACCACGGCUACCCUGGAUACGGUUACCAUGGUUACCACGGCUACGUGAGAGUGGCAAAUGGGAUCCCGCUACAUAGCUACUUUUCAGUUUCUACAGCGACGACUCAUACAAUUGGCUUUAACACAAAUGUUACUGCCCGUGGUGACAGUACAGAUGACUGGGUGUGCCUUAUGGCGGUGGCUUGCCUGGCCCUGCUGUGUGGCUGUGAGGCCUCCUAUCCUCUGGCCGUCUCACACGGGCACGGGUACUACCCGUACAGCUACAAGUACCCUGGGUACGGGUACCACGGCUACUCGUCCCACUACGGUUACCCUGGCUGGGGCUACAAGGGGUACCCUGGGUGGGGACACCACGGCUACUCUGGAUACGGCUACCAUGGCUACGGUAACCACUACGGCUACCCCGGAUACGGCUACCAUGGUUACCACGGCUACGGUAACCACUACGGCUACCCUGGACACGGGUACGGCCAUGGCUACAGCCACUGGUGA